AUGGAGAUUCCCUCAGGACUAAGAAAAGGCGCAUGGUCCAAAGAAGAAGAUGAUCUUCUCAGAGCAUGCAUCCAACGUUAUGGGGAAGGAAAGUGGUGCCUAGUUCCACAAAGAGCAGGCUUGAAUAGAUGCCGAAAAAGUUGUAGGUUGAGAUGGAUGACCUAUUUAAAGCCAGAUAUCAAGAGUGGGAACUUUAUUGACGAUGAAGUGGAUAUGAUGGUCGUUGAUUGCGGCGAGCUUCCCUGGAAGAACAUCGAAUGACGUGAAAAAUUACUGGAACACCCACAUAAGGAAGAAACUGGGGUGUUCAUCUUCUUCCUCAGAAAAUAAGAAGAAACGACAAGAGAGAG